AUGGAGGACGAGUUCGAUGACGGCGCGCCCAUCCUCGCGUCGGCGGACCGUGUCAACGAUGAAAAGACGCAGCCCUCACUCGGCGCAGAGGCCGCCGUCAAGUUCGUGGAUGAGAAGUACUAUCGCUCCAUCGCGAAGCGCGGGAGAUGGAUGGACUUGAUCGGAGACUAUGCCGGCUCUGAGAGGUUCAUACUUGAUGGCGAGGCGCUCUUCCAACGUGUACUCGACGACACACUCCUGGCUCUAGGUCGCGAAGGAGAUCCUAGCUUUCAAAUCCUUCAUGCGUUGUACAUUCUGGAGAAGUUCCUACAUGACUUGAUCAAGCGCGAAGCGGUGUUCGAUAUCGUCUUCUUCGAUGAUUUGCGACACCCGACAAUCUCAGGCGGCACAUCGCAAUACACAACGGCUUCUCGCGGUCUCGCACGCGCCAUGCUAUUCAACCACCUCGUCAAAUACAAAGACACGAUGAAGCUCGAAGUGCACGUCUUCAAGAACCUGGACGACCCAGAGUGGAAGGAGUACCAUCGUCGCGUCCGACCUAUGUUCAUCAUGACGAACGAUGGCGGAGCAGGCGACGACCUCGGCAGCUUCGAGGCCCGCUAUCUUCUCGUGCAGCGGAUGUUCGUCAUGCGCCUACUCGUUACUGAGGGUAUCGCCGUGACUCUAUUGAAGGGCUCUGAGUUCAUCGACUUGAAGGUGUUCUCCUUUGUCUACGAGCCACGAUACAAUCCCGAUGCGAUCUUUCCGCCAUCUUUGCUCGCUGCUACGGAAGACGCCCUCGAUAUAAUGACACCCUCCGAUUUGAACGAAUAUUCGCACGGUCAUCGCCUGCGUGUGCAUACCGAGCAAGAGACCUUGUUCGAGGACGUCUUGGUGACGCUCAUACAGAAGGCUGCGCCCACAAACGAGGACUCCGAUGACCUCUCUGCACAACUGUUGUUCAUCUUCAUGAUACACUGUCUUGUCCUACCGAAGAUCGACAUCGGGCGCCGAGCUCGGGGUCUCGACGCCCUGAACGAGGAGCUCGUCCACUACCUCACGUCUACAUUCCUGCCCAAUAUCUUCGGCAUCCUCACGAGCGUGCUCUUGGAGCAGCGGGAUGUCGUGGACUGCGACGGACGUGUCUUCGUUGCGCUCCUUCGCUUUGUCGUCGAGAAUAACGCGAAGUCUCUCCCAGAUCUGGUUGGGGAGGACAUCUUCGAUGAUGCUGCAUCCAUCUGGAAAUCUGCUUUCGGCUGCGACCCGCCCACGAUGGACUUCUCGACCGCACAUCCCAACCCUCCCGCGACUGCCCCUCAUCGACAAAUCAAGCCCAUGUUCAGGCUUAUCCCCUUCCAUAACGAAGUCUUCGACGAAGAGCUUGCCUCUGUUCACGUAGCAGUCGACGAAGACGAAGAGCCCGAACUCGACGCACUUGAGUUCAGCCAAGGCCAGGUCUUCGAGGACACAAGGCACUGGCACGCGCAUCGCAAGACUAUUCUGCCGAAGCAUCAGGGCGGGGAGGCGGAGAAGACGUCGACGGCGUGGCAGCAGAUGAAGAGACUGCGAAGAGAGCAACGCUUUAUGGCGGGGAUGCAUAGUCUUGCGGCUACGCUCACGGGCGCGGCGGGCGGUUCGUUGCAGAGGAUAGUUAUACCGCCCGUUGGUAACAGGCCUAAAGUCGCUCCGAAGAAGAGCCUGCCUCCGCCGCCCAAGCAGAAGAAGCCCUCGUCUAAGGCAGCGAAGUUGAGCUCAGCCGACAAGAUCCGUUUGCAGAAAGCCGAGGCGGACAAGGCCAAAUCGGACUCUGCGGCGGAUGUAUGGUGGAAAGAGCAGAGGGAGAAGCUCUCCGCGCUCGCGAACGCCGUCGAGAGGGUCGAGCUCAUGGAACGACUAUCCCGCAACGAGCGCACACGUGCCGGAUGGCUCGGCGUCGAGUUUGCGCUCUACCGCUUGGACCUUGAGACUGUCUUGUGGAUCACCGAUCCUGCUGCCGAUUCGGACAUUGCACGGGAUCGAUAUACCGUCGCCAUCCUGCGGCGCGUAAAGGACAUGUACAAGAAUGUGCACGAGCACCUUUCUGCACUUCCUGUGCUCCACGACGCCUUGACGGCGCUCGGCUUCACCGAUCUUAUACCGACGUUGGACGCGACGAUGCGCCCGUCAACUGCGAUUGGCGAUGCGCGUCCACUCAGCUUCAAAUUCACGAAGUUGGUCAAGCGCUCGAGCGGCAAGCCCGUACACAAGUUCAUGCACAUCACGGAGGAGCCCGUCGUCUGGCAGCUACGACUGUUCGGCGAGUAUAUGGAUCGAUCAAUGGACAGUCAGCCCGAUCCGCGUGUCUCCUUUCAACCGGAUGCUUGGCAGCGUCGCGUGCUGGACUGCAUCGACCGGGAGAACUGCUCUCUGCUCGUCGUUGCACCGACAAGUGCGGGAAAGACCUUCAUCUCUUUCUAUGCGAUGGAAAAGUUGCUCAGGGAGUCGGAUGACGGGAUUCUAGUCUACGUCUCGCCAACCAAGGCGCUCGUCAACCAAGUUGCAGCCGAGGUCUACGCCCGCUUCAGCAAGGACUUGAAUAGCGGAUCGUGCUGGGCCAUUCAUACGCGCGAUUACCGCAUUCAUGACCCUCAGAAGUGUCAGAUAUUAGUGACCGUGCCCGAGAUGCUGGCCAUCAUGCUACUGUCCCCACCUUUGGCACGCGUGUGGACACCGCGCAUCAAGCGAAUCAUCCUUGAUGAGAUUCAUACUAUCGGUCAACACGAAGGAGGAUCGAUCUGGGAGCAGGUCUUGCUUCUCGCUCCGUGUCCCAUCAUCGGUCUUUCCGCUACUGUCGGCGAGCCCGAGUCAUUCAACAGCUGGUUGCAAAGCGUUCAAACAGCCAAGGGCUACGAUCACGAGCUUGUGUUGCAUCCGCACCGCUACUCGCAUCUGCGCAAGUUCGCCUAUUUCCCACAACUACUCCAAGAUCGCAAGCCCACCUUCAAGGGGUUGGAUAAACCCACGUCUACUGGAAUCAUGUCGUUCAUCCAUCCGCUCACAGCACUCAGCUUCGGCUCAGCAGUACUUCCUCCCGAUCUCGCGCUCGAGUCCGUAGACGCCCUGGAUACGUAUAAGGCGCUCGUCAAGGUCUCGCAGUCGGUGGCGGGGCUGGACGCGUCAUCCCUGGAUCCGGUCACGUUCUUCACUCCGUCUACGCUCCUUGCACAAAAGGAUGUCCUCCGUUAUGAGGCUGCACUUAAAGACGCAUUGAAGCCGCUUUUGGCAACAUCGAAUGUGCAGGAGUCGACCUCGGGACUCAAAGCGAUCGUCGACGAUCUAUCUGCGCCAACACUGGCCGCUGCGAAUACCGAUGUCCUGAACACCCCGCCAAACAAUCUACUCCUGCGAGCGGGUCUGAUACACUUGCUGACCGACCUGAAGAGUACCGGAGAUCUGCCUGCCCUUCUGUUCAACUUCGACCGGUCGGAUUGCGAGAUGAUGGCCCGGUUCCUCUGUCAGACGCUCGAAGUCGCCGAGAGUAAAUGGCGCGAGGAAAGCCCUGAAUGGAAGCGCAAGCUCGAGAAGGUUCGCAUCUGGCAGGCUGCGGAAAAGGAGAGGCAGCGUCGCGCUGAACGCCUGCGCGGUGCGAAGAAAACGUCGCUUGAGGAAGAAGCCCGCACUGCGGAGGACAGGUCGUGGGAGAGUACUUUCGACGAGAGUCAGCCCUCAGAGGAGUACUCCUUCGUAGGCAGCCAGACCGCGUUUUCUCUGGCAGAUCUCGAGAAGGAGAUCGAUUCUUUGCGGUGGUCCACCAGUAUCCCGGAGUGGGCGUACGACGCCUUGCGCCGCGGGAUCGCAGUACAUCAUUCUGGAAUGAAUAAGGGAUAUCGUAACCUGGUAGAACGACUCUUUCGCCUGCGAUUUCUUACUGUCGUGAUUGCUACUGGUACCCUCGCACUUGGUAUCAACGCUCCGACGCGCACUUCUGUCUUUUGCGGAGACUCGCCCUAUCUGACGGCGCUCAUGUAUCGUCAAUGUGCUGGUCGUGCUGGUCGGCGUGGAUACGAUACACUCGGAAAGGUUGUCUUCUACGGCCUUCCGCUGGAUCGCAUACAUCGCCUGAUGUUGUCCAAACUCCCGCGGUUAACGGGUACCUUCCCCCUUUCUUCGACACUUGCGCUCCGCCUCUUCAACCUGCUCCAUGGAUCAAAGGAGUCGGACUACGCUCGCACGGCUAUCCGGAGUAUCCUGCGCCUCCCGCAGAUCAGUUUCGGUUCCGACGUCGGCCGCGUCCAGCUCUUGCACCACGUCCGCUUCUCGAUCGACUAUCUGCGGCGCACGCAGCUCCUCAGCGCGAGCGGUCAGCCAGUGAACUUGUUCGGGGUGGCCUCCCACUUGUACUACACCGAGCCCAGCAACCUUGCCCUCGUCGUCUUGCUGCAGCGUGGUGUACUGCACGAUCUUUGCGCUCCCGGUGGCGACCAAGCGCGCCGCGCCGUCAUGCUGCUGCUGGCGCACCUCUUCGGCCGUCGGCACAUCCCAUCAGCAUUCGCCUCGAAGGAUGUGCUCAGUGAGUUGCGAUCGAAGUACCCGUCCAUGAUCGUUCUGCCCGACAUGCAACGCGGGGCACGCGACGUACUUCUGCAGCACCAGCAGCAGAUUUUGGCCAUCUUCACCGCGUAUGCUGUGACGUUCGCGAAGCAACACGACAGGACCCUCGGCUCCGAUGCCCGGCUCCCACUCAGUCACGUCGAGAUCUCUGGCUCGCCUCCAGUAGGACGCCCUUUCACAGAGCAUCUUGCCGCGUCCUCCCUUCGUCCCGCGGCUCGCUCGAUGUUCGUUGCGAACUCGGGCCACGUGGACCAAUUCAGGACUGUAUCCGAGCUGGCGAACACAGUUCGAAGGGGAUUACAUCUCAACGAGCAUGCCAUCCCCUCAGUUGACGCACUCGUGCCACAGGAUGAGCAUUCGAACAAGCUGAACGCAUACCUGCUAGACUUCUUCCUGAACGGGCAGUCAGAUACGCUCGUUCGGGCCAACGGCAUCCGGCCCGGUGACCGGUGGUACGUUCUCAACGACUUCGACAUGACCAUCAAGGCGAUUCGAGGCGAUCUCGAGAACCUCAUCGUUCAUGGCCCGAAGGGCAACGUAGAGGAGGAUGCCGAGACGGACGUCGACAGUGGCUAUCAAACGUACGAUGCCACCGAGCUUAUGGAAGAUGACGAGCCGACUACAGGUGGAGUUGGCGCGCGUCCUCCGGGUGUAUCGGACCGUGAUUGGCGCGUGCUGGAGGUCUUCAACGACGUGGUCAAAGACUUCGAAGAGAAGUUCAGGGCGAUGUGGGCUUGA